ACUAAAAGAAGCAGACAAUGCGGCUUCAUUAUAUACUAUAGAAAGCAAUUAAACGACCUGAAAAGUCCGUUAGAGCCGGAGAAAGUGAGCGCAGUUUAUAGCAAAUUUCAAACUGUGCAAAUAAGGAACAACAUUGAGGAAGAUUAGUUCAACAUGUAUCUGCCCCACGGGAAACAGGUUGCAAGUUAAGCAAUGUCUUCCAAGCAUUUUUGCUUAAAAUGGACAAAGUUUCAAACGAGCAUAUUGAAUGCAUUUGAAAGUCUGCAGAGCACUGAAGAUCUUGCAGAUGUUACCCUAACUUGUGAAGGAAUCAGUAUAAAAGCCCACAAAUUCAUCCUAUCAGCAUGUAGCCCGUAUUUUCGAACUAUAUUUAAGGAGAAUCCCUGCUCGCAUCCAAUAGUAAUUCUCAAAGAUGUAGCAUAUGUAGAUCUGAUAGCAAUAGUAAACUUUAUGUAUCAUGGGGAGGUGAUGGUAUCUGAAGAACAGCUCCCUUCAUUUCUGCAGACUGCUACGAUUCUGCAAGUGUCUGGGCUGAUUAACAAUGAAACCCCAUACAGUCUAAACAGACAGUCUACUCCAACGAAAAAGAUAAAACCCAGUCCUAGUGAUCACCAGGAAUGUCCGACGAAAAAAAUCAAAGCCAAUCCGAGAGGCCACAAAUCGACUUUGGAAGAAAGUAUCUGCAAAAUGUUAGUGCCACCAGUGCCUUUAGGACAGUUAGAAACCGACAAAAUUAAGCUCGAAUCCCAAGAAGAACUGGAAGAAAAUAGUGAUCAAAACCUUAACAAAAUAUACGAAGUUCCCGAGAAAAUAGAAAGUCAAUCUCAUAGUUCGAUACUAGAAGCCGCUCUUGAAGUUAAGUCAGGAAGCAUAUUGGAGAGGUCGUUGACAUCUCAACCUACUUCUGGUAAAACAGCAGCAAUACCUGUGCCAACGGAAAAAUUGAAUACAUCGCCUGUAUUGCCAGAUAUUUCAAUACCAAAAACCGUGUUCAUACCGAGGAAACCACCAGAGAGUGAAAUGGAACGGUUGAUAUUGAGAUCAUCUUCAGAAUCGUCAUCCAGUCCUUCAUCCUUUGAACGUCCUGGUGAAUAUCUACAGCAGACCAUAAAAGUUGAAGGAGUGGACCAGCCAGAAAUGGAGAUUCUAUCAUCAGAAGAGGCAGCGCUGAACUUUUCGAAAUCAAUAGCGGAAGUUCCACACCACAGCAGUCAAUGUGGAAAUUGUCCGCAUUGUGGCAAAAUUUACUCGAAUCAAUCGGCCUUAAAAUACCAUGUAAGAUUGGUACAUUCAGAUUUGACGAAUAUGUAUUGUUGUCAUUUAUGUCCGGAGAGUUUUGACUAUAGGGAGGGCUACAAAAAGCACAUGGCUGACGCACAUUCCGUGCGGAAUUGAUUUAGAAUUUGGUUGAAUUGAUUUAGAAUUUGGUUCAUUUAUACUUGUUAAUAAAUAUUUUAUUUUAUAUGUUAAUAUUAAAAUGGUUUUUGAGA